CCAGUCAUCAUCAUGAUCAUCUACUGGAAAUUCAUCAACCAUGAUGAGAUGUUCUCCAACAUCUACAAGAUUCGGGAGAUCAGGGACGGACUGUGCGUGGAGAUGGAGGAGAAGAUGGCCAGCAGGACAGAGGUUACCACGGAUGACUUGCUCAUCAGUGGAAAUGCCUCUGCCGAAGGCCGGGAGGGUGAAGGUGCUGAAAGCACAGCCAUCGUUGUUGAUAUUGUCAUGAACCAUCACUUGCAGGAAACCAGCUUCACAGAAGAAGCCUACAAGAAGUACAUCAAUGAUGGCCUGAAAUCAGUCAAAGACAAACUUGAAGAAGAGAAGCCAGAAAGAAUAAAUCCUUUUAUGACAGGGGCUGCAGAAUUAAUCAAGCAUGUCCGCACUAGUUUCAUAAAUGACUAG